UGAAGACUGAUCUAUGUGACCAAAAUGGCGGCUGAGGUGACGGUCCCCCCUACCACGGUGUUUAGUAAUGGCCACAGCAUGAUGAACGGGGAGGUUGAGGUGACGAUGGAGGAGCCGGCAGAGAAGAAAAUGCGGCUCAAUGAUGGUUGGCCCGACUCACAAAGAUCGUUCGAUUCUUUUGGCCGAACGAUGGCGAUGAUCCAUUGCUGCGCCCCGAUCCUACAGACUCCUUAGGGCAGACAUUAUGUUGACUUGUCAUUGUGAACCAUUGUCAUGCUCAGAGCAGUGUAGACCUUCAUAAUAAUGUGCACAGUAGAGACCAUUGUAGCUUUUGUGAAAAAUCAGCUUUAGCUAAGGAGAGUUGAGCCAUUAUGAGAGGAGUGAUGAUGCUAGUGUUUCCCUCACAAAGCAAAGUCAGGUCUCUUGCACUGAUGAUCUGUUGCUUUGUGAUGGUAAUCUUGUUUUUUGUUUGUUUUGUUAUCUUUGCAGAUAUGCGUGAGUAUGGGUUCGUCUUUCUCUGGUGUCGCUGUGCUGCCAGGCUCAUAAACAAUAGGAUCAAUACACUUUCACACGGAAAUCUAGAGCAAUCAGUCGCAAGUGGCUGUGACAAAAGAAAGACUUAGAGAAUGACCAUGGAAGUCUUUAGAGCUCACCCCCCAAAACUAUUCAUGAUAAGAACAUCCAAGUCAAAGGAAUGCACAAAGUUGCCUUCCACUCUUGCCACCCACCUCCGGGCUGAACCAUUUUCUCUGUCGUCCUCACUCGCUCACCCACCCACCCAUCCACCCAGCGGGAAGAGCAGCUUGUGUGCCCGCGUGGGUUUGAGGGUUUUUAUAUUCUACUCUUUGCAGGGUUGAGCAGCUCCUGGCCACCCACCCCACAGUGUGUGCCUUGUGAAGAUAGAGGCAGCUAGUGUCCGGAGUCCCAGCCACCAGUACCUACUCUAGGGCUGUGUGGCUGGCUCACCCAUCCCAUCCCAUGACAUGCCAUGCCCCAUUACCUCACCUCACCUUGCCUGUCUCUCCUACACACACACACACACACACAGACAAACACAAAUAUACACUUAUAUAAUUUAAGAUACUCCUGAAAAAAAAAUGUUAUACAAUGUUGGAGUACAUUUUUAGUGUACGCACACACACACACACACACACACACACACACACAGACACACACACAUACACACACAUACACACACAUACAUGUUCCUUCUUCUUCCUUAUUUACUCCCUCACCAUCAUCCUCUUUCCUGCUUUUCAUCACCAUCACCAUUCUCCUCUUCAAAGUCAACACUCGCCCUGCUGCAGGAGUGACAUGUUAUUUUUGUGAAUAUGUGAUAUGCCUGUUCUUUUUUUCUCUGUCGUUCCAUGGUGUAAGGUGGGCAGAAAGGCCUCAGCAGCAGGGGAAGGUUCAUCGGAUGGCGAGCGUCAGAGUUAUCUGGGGGCUGCUAUUUGCGCAUUGUAGCUUCCCCAGAGCAGUGAGGGAGAAGCCCGGCCCAUCCGAGCCAGAACCCCAACGAGAGAGGUGGACCAGAGUGGCACCCUCGUCCUGGGUACAGGGGCCAAGAAAGAUGACAUCGUGCACCUGCUGGGCCAGUCCCUGCCCCGCCUCUCCUCCGAGCAGAAGGACAUUGUGGCCCGGGCCAAGAAGUACGCCAUGGAGCAGUCCAUCCGCCUGGUGCUCAUGAAGCAGACGCUCGCACACCAGCAGCAGCAAGCCAAGUCCCUGCAGCGGCACCAGGCGCUGGUGCUCAUGUGCCGGGUGUAUGUUGGCAGCAUCAGCUUCGAGCUCAAGGAGGACACCAUCAGACAGGCCUUCGUGCCCUUCGGCCCCAUCAAGUCCAUCAACAUGUCCUGGGACCCCGUCACACAGAAACACAAAGGGUUUGCCUUCGUGGAGUAUGAGAUGCCCGAGGCUGCCCAGCUGGCUCUGGAGCAGAUGAACGGGGUGAUGAUCGGUGGCAGGAACAUCAAGGUUGGCCGGCCCUCCAACAUGCCCCAGAAAUGGUCGACAGCACAGGGCCUCAGUGCCUGUGAUGUCGCACUUCUGAGACAUCAUACCAUGACAAGGACGACAGACAGUGCUCAGACGGUAAUUGACGAGAUCACCGAGGAAGCAAACUACUAUAAUCGCAUCUACAUCGCCUCGGUGCACCAGGACCUCUCAGAGACAGACAUCAAAAGUGUGUUUGAGGCCUUUGGCAAGAUCAAGCAGUGCAUGUUGACACCGGGCUCCACCCCUGGCAAGCACAAGGGCUACGGCUUCAUAGAGUACGAGAACUCCACCUCAGCGCAGGAAGCCAUCGCCUCCAUGAACCUGUUUGACCUGGGAGGCCAGUACCUGAGGGUGGGCAAGGCCAUCACCCCGCCAGGCUCAUUCUAUGGCCCCCUGUCAGCGCCAACACAGAUGCCCACAGCAGCAGCGGUGGCGGCAGCGGCAGCCACGGCCAAGAUCCAGGCCAUGGACGCCCUGGCCACCAAUGCCAUUGGGCUGGUGCAGGGCCUGAGCAGCUCCCCUGGCUCAGUGUCACAGCUGCCCCCUGUGGGUGUGGUGGGGGCUGUUCCCCCGGUGGGCACUGUGGGUGGGCUCUCCACGACCCUCCCAGCUGUCACCCCGCCUGUUGGGGUCAUUGGGGCCACGGCGGCCGUGCCUCCAGUGGGCGUGGUGACCAGCCUGCCCAACCUGGCGGUGGGAGGGCCCGGCGUGGGUGCCGCCGCCUUACCGCCCCCCACGGUCAUCACAUCCCUGCCACUGCCUGGGGGCGCUGGCCUGGCAGGUCCCGGUCCGUCCCCAGGACCAGGGCUCCUAGGGGCUGCCCCGGGCAUUCCGGGAGUGCCAGGUGUAGCUGCAGUUGCAGGAGUCCCGGGGACCCCAGUGGUGGCUGGGGCCCCUCAGGCGGAGGAGCGGCGCCCCACCCACCAGGAGGAGCUGGCCAAGAAGCUGAUGGAGGAUAAUGAGCCCCAGACGCUGCAGCAGCAGGAGACCAUGUCCAUCAAGGGCCAGUCAGCACGGCACCUCGUCAUGCAGAAGCUCAUGAGGAAGUCUGAGUCCACCGUGGUGAUCCUCCGCAACAUGGUGGGUGCGGAGGAGGUGGAUGAGCUGCUGCAGGAGGAGAUCACAGAGGAGUGUGGAAGGUUUGGUUCGGUGCGGCACGUCAUCAUCUACCAGGAGAAGCAGAGUGACGAGGAGGAUGCUGAGGUGCUGGUCAAGAUCUUUGUGGAGUUUGGCAGCCCAACGGAGAGUGCCGCAGCCCAGGAGGCCCUCAAUGGGAGGUACUUUGGUGGGCGGCUGGUCAAGGCUGAGCUCUACGACCAGAACAUGUACAACCACAACGACCUCUCGGGAUAAUUGUGUGCCACUGGUGACGAGUGUGUGUGUGUGUGUUGGUAUAUACCUGUGAGCAUUUUGUUAUGGUGAGGAUGAGCAUGUGUGAAUUUCCAUGAAUGACCUUGUAAAAAUGUAUGUAUGCUGUAUUCUCACGUAUUCCUAAAGUGAGUCUACGGGUGUGUGGAUGUUUACGUGGAUGGACAGGUGGAAGUAUAUGUAAAUUAUACAUACAUAUAUAUAUAUAUUCAAAGGGUGAAAGAAAGCUACAGGGAGAAAUAUACAUGUAACACCAUGGAUGCAAUUUAUGUAUGCGUCAGUGUCCAUAUUAUGUAUUUCCUUUAAGUUCCUCCUUCAUUCUCAUAACUGAAAGACUUGGUGACUGUCUGUCCAGAGGUAUAUUUUUGUCUCACUCUGUUUCUGUUCUUCCCUUCUCUCUGACCUCAUUCAUCUUCCCUCAUUGUAAACCAGUCACCAUCACCAAACAGAUCCUUAAUUGUCACCAUCACAUCAUCAUCUCAAUCACCAUCGUCAUCACCAUCACCAUAAUAAUAGUCAUUGUAGUGUUAUCAAGCGCUGUGACUAUUCGGAAGGACUUUAUCUAGAGUAGCUAAAAGAUAGGGUUAUGUAGGUACUCACAGUCUUUUGGGGUUAUUCCUCCUCAUGUUAUGUUGAUCUAGUUCCUCUGCAGCAUCACCACACCACCACCAUAGCCAUCUCCAUCAUCACUCAGUAUCAUCAUCACCCUCAUCAUCAUACACAUGCUAAGUAUAAUGACAGGAAGACAGGCAAGACCCUAACAUUGUUCUUCACCACACAGUUGUUGACUUAUCCUGAGCUACUAAGUUAAGUGUUUCCUCAAGAUUGGUUCCUGGACGCUCAACUUGACUUAUUUAUCUGGCUCUGGAAAUGUGUAAAAUGCCGCUGCUACUGAAUACCUCCGGCCCAUUUGUGUGUGUUAUUAUUUCCCUGUACCAUGAUGUGUGGUGCAUGUUGUUUGUACAUUGAUAAGUAAAUUUAAAUUAUUUGU